GCAGACAUGCGCAUGACACUCGCCACGUGACGUUUCCAACACCCACAUCACGUGACAUGAGCAAAACAGUUCAUUAUGAUAUGUCAGCUUAACAGGUUUCUCUUUCACUGAGGAAAUGGAUGGAUUUCCUGUAACUCUCACAGAGGCAGUGUGUCUCGGUGCCAGUUUUGGCUUCUCAGGCUUGUUCUACUAUCUUUAUAAGAAGAGCUGGAUAACUGCUAAUAAACUACAAAAUGCUCCACAUUUUACUAUAGAUGCAAAACUUAAAGACCUUUUGAAAGUGACUCCAGAAACAUGUCUACAAUAUGCUGUCAUAGAAGGACAUGUGAAGCCUGUAGACGAACAUCUGAGCAGUCAGUUCAAAAAAGAAAUUGUUGGUGUGUUGCAAAAAAUCACGUUGAAAGAACAUCGGCUGGUGUGGAGCGGCUUUUCACAUAUUUGGAUGGACGACGAGCGAAUCUUACACCAACGAGUAAACACUUUGCCCUUUGCAUUGGCUGGAACGGAUCGGACUGUAGUCAGAGUCCUGAGCCCUCUUGAAGCAGCUGGAAAAUACACUGAAGUCACCUAUGAGAAAUUUAAUCAGGCUAGUUAUGGAUUGGGAGAUCUUCUCGGACAGUACGUCAGCGGGGUGAAACCUAAAGGUCACCUGGAAAUUGAGGAAAUGCUCAAAGUGGACACAAUUCUAACUGGCGUUGGUGAGUUGAAACUGAAUACAGACGGCACUCUGAGUCUCCGCCCCCCCUCUGAUGGCUCUCAAUACUUCCUAAGCAUUGCAGACUUUGAUACUCUGCAAAGAGAGCACGACAGCAUGGCUGCUUGGUGGAAGGCGCUGGCUGUUGCCUCUGCUUUAGCAGGAGCUGCAGUCCUCCUCUGGGUCGGUCUACGCUACUAUGAUCGCUGGAGAGUUCAGGCGAAGAAGGAACAAGACAGAAAGGAGUUUGCGAGGCUGCGGGCUGAAGCUGAAAGACAACAUGCUAAUGAAGCUGGACCACGUGCAGUGCUGGAUGGCAGUUACAGAGAAAAUAUCUGUUUAAUUUGUCUCAGUGAACCGCGAGACUGCGUCCUGUUAGACUGUGGACACGUCUGCUGCUGCUACCUCUGCUUCCAAUCCCUGCCACAACCAAAAUGCCCUAUCUGUAGGCAAGACAUUGUCAAAGUACUUCCUGUUUAUCACCCUUGAUUGUGACUGCGACUGGGCUGGAGAUUGAACUCUGCGUCACACAAACCGUGCCUGUUUUUUUCUUUUUGGCCAUUUAAACAGCCACAAUUUUAAUUUCUAUAUAGAUUUCAAGUUUUGGAGCAAACAGUUUUUAUUUAAAAUGUGGAUAGAAUAUGUUAAAAUUGAGCUAAUUAGAUGAAUAUGUUUCCUUAAUGUGCUUUAUUGUGAAAAGAAAGCUGCUGAUUUUUCAUUCAUACUGUACGUGUCCCAUCAGAAGGAGAGUUUCAUUUCAGAAUCAGAAGGGUUUUAUUGCCUUAGGUGAGAGGAUCAUGUUAAGAAAUUGCUGCGGUACCUGUUGCAAGAAAAAACUAAGGAGAUGAUGAGCAAAAUUAGAAUUAAGAAAUAAACGCAAUGAAAUUAUAAUAUAAGGGAGUCAAUAAUUAAAGACACAGGCAAGCAGCUACUUUGUACAAGUCAGUUCUGGUCAGAGCGGGUCAGUUCAGGUGCAAUCGUAACACUAGGGUCAUGUGACUGAAACAAAGCAGCUGGCGUGGGCAGUUCUAUGAUUGUCGUUCAUGAGUCUGUCGCAGAGGGGAAGAAACAGUUUUUGUGGCGAGAGGUUCUGGUCCAAAUGGAUCAGAGCCUCCAGCCAGAUGGGAGCGAGUCGAAGAGACUGUGUCCAGGGUGACACGGGUUUUCAAGUUGUUUGAGUAGCUGAAAGUUUCUGAGCAAAGACUUUUUAAAAAGGGUUUUAUUGUGAAUGUCGUGUUCUACAGAAAGAUGAAAUUAUGCUUUAAUGAUACUUUUUGUUUAAAGCAUCAACCUGACAGAUGAUGUAGAACAAUGUUUGUGAAGAUAUAAAUCAGCAGUUCAAAGAACGUCAACUAUGAAUCAAGCUAAUGCAUUAAAGCGUAUGAUCACAUACUGUAUGUGUUGUGUCACGUAUUGUAAAAAAAACUGAAACAGCUGUUUUAUGGAGUUGCAUAAUCAUACAAUCUCAGCCCGAUGAUGGAGUUUGCAGCUUGCUGCUUGUCUUCAUUUAAUGUUGGAAUAAUAAAUGAAGCCUUAAAAUUAACAUAAAUUCCAAACUUGUGUUGCUGUUGUGUGUAUUUUGGCACUGAAUUAAUUUAUCAUUAUGGAGCUUUGUUGUUAAAGGUGUUACAUGUAAACAAAAGAUUAGAUCAUUUGUUCUAGAUUGUUUAUGAUUUUUUUUGCUUAGCCAAUUAAAGAUAAACAUGGAGAAAGACAUUCCCAGCAGACAUUCUAGUAAAUUAGAUUUAUUAUAAUCCAGCCUAAACAUAAUACAUGUGACAACUUGUUUAUCCUUAAGUAAUAUUGUGCUAAUAAAAGAACAAUGCUUUUUUGAUUUGUGUGUAAAUGAAAGGCCAAAGUCUGAGGAUCCUUGAGAGUACAAUUGGAUGCGAUAUUUGUAUCAAGAGUAAAUUUGUGGGUUGACUUGUUUAUAGGAGCUCUGAACCAUGAAUAAUUUAUACAAUCAUUGUGAAAUUCAAAUACAUUGAUGCUUUUCUAGUUUAAAACAAAACCUUUUAUGUUUUUAUUUCAAUGUCUCUGUGUGCAUUCAUUAGAUGUAGUUGGGCAUUUGUCUUUGGGCUAAUAACUAAGUUUUAUAUCUGACAUGUUUGAUUAAAAACUACAAACUCA